GUUCCGGCCCAACAGAGCCGGGAUCCACCCCUCCCCUCCCCCUGGCUUGAGCUCAACAAAACCCUAGCUUUCUUAACAUUACUGUCCCUUCGCUCGCUCUCCCUCUCCCUCGCAGGCACUCGACGUCGCCGCCAUUUUUGCUUUCAGGUAGCGGUCCGGGAGGAUGGUGAGGGUCAGCGUCUUGAACGAUGCUCUCAAGAGCAUGUACAAUGCGGAGAAAAGAGGAAAACGCCAGGUCAUGAUCAGGCCUUCGUCGAAAGUGAUCAUUAAGUUCCUCCUGGUCAUGCAGAAGCAUGGAUACAUCGGUGAGUUUGAGUAUGUUGAUGAUCACAGAGCAGGUAAGAUUGUCGUUGAACUGAAUGGGAGACUAAACAAGUGCGGGGUUAUCAGUCCCCGCUUCGAUGUUGGAGUUAAGGAAAUUGAAGGUUGGACUGCGAGAUUGCUGCCUUCAAGACAGUUUGGAUAUAUCGUGCUGACGACUUCUGCUGGCAUUAUGGACCACGAGGAAGCAAGGAGAAAGAAUGUCGGUGGCAAAGUGCUUGGCUUCUUCUACUAGAUAGAGCUCAAAGACAUUUUGUUUUAAAAAUUUGGUUCUCAGUCAAGAGGAAUCAAUUCUGUUAUCGCCAUUCUAGAAUUAGUAAUGUCCAACUUUUGUUUGCUUAUAAUCCGGGUGAAGUAAUAUGUUGCAAUUUUGUUUUGGAAGUUCCAUUUGAAUACGAAUGCUGCCUCUUGGAUAUGUUCUUAUUUUGUUUCAGAUUUUGUUGUGGUGUUCAUGAUGUGAGAUUUUCAAUUCUUAAGAUAACCAUUGUUAUUUCCA